AUGAAACCAAGCUUGGCUCUGUUUCGCAUCCCACGAAGACUUGCUUCUGAGGUUAUCAAGAGCGCUACAAAUGCCGAGAAGCAGGGCGUGGCCAACGCAUACUUUGCUGAGCUGCCGCCCGUGCUGUCGCGGUUCUUUGAAAAGUUCCCUCCUUCUCCGUUCAGGGAGUAUAGCGCCAAGCCCACGCUCACAAACGCCGAAAAUGCAAACCCAUUCUUACCGAAUCGUCACCCGGUCACCAAUAGCUGGCACAAACCCAAGUACUCAAUGAGACGCCAAGCCGAUCUCUGGAAGGCUGCCUACCGAUUUGGUAUUGAGCAUCUUAUGCCUCCGCUGCUGCACAACCGCACAUUUUACGAAGACCGUUACGAGCAGCCCCGCAAGGUUCGCGGUGCUCAUCUUUUCAAACUGCGUAAGGGUGAGCGUAUAGCGCCCAUGCGUGAGAAGGAGGUCCAGGAGGCCCGGGAGAAACUUGACGAUCUCAUUGCUGAUCGCAAGGGCAAGCGGUUUGAGAAGUUUGUUAGCAACAAGGGCCAUGCCGGGUUUGUCUAA